GGCAACGCGCCGGAGGAGCUGCCUGAGCACAUCAUCGGCGCGUCCCGCCUGUACCGCGUCGAUUUUGAGCGCUGCGGCAAACUGGAGGAGUAUGCAGCAGCCGCGGCGGCGCCGUCGCUGCCGCUGGGGCCGCCGCCGGGGCCGCCACCGGAUGCCGGCUCGCUGGCGGCGGGGGAGGCUGCGGCCGCGGCGCAGGCUCCCUGA